AUGAAUAAGAAAAGCUGCAAAGAAGCUUUGGAAAUCUACAAAAAGUUUCUAUCAAGAAUGGAUAGUGUGAAAGAAUUCCUCAAAGUGGCUGAGGUAGGAAAUGAAUGGCUUCUUCUUGUACUACAAUAUCCUUUAUAUUCUCAUUGUACAUAGUCUGUUAACAACUGAGCUACAGAGAGACCGUCGUGAAGCUCUAAGGUAAUUUGUACAUGAACUUGUGGUUAGAGCUCGCUGCUCGACAACUGCCUCUCUGUAGCUCAGUUGUUUAGAGCGCUGCACCAGAAUCGCAGGGCCGCAGGUUCGAUAACUGCCAGAUGGUCGAUAGUUGCAUUUUUCACAGCUGCCCCUUGUUAGCGUAGGUUGUUGCAAUGAGCAUUAGUUCAGUACGCUUAGAAGAAACAGAUUCAGCUUUCAGAUACAAAUUACAGUAUACGUUAGCUCAGUCUUAGAGUUCAUGCCGUCGGUAGACUAUAUACAGGCUGUCUCAAAAAAAUGCCCCCAUUUAUAUUUGAUGCUUAUUUUGAUAAUUCAAAUAUGAAUGGAUUAAAACGAUAGGAUAAUCAUUUUAUCUAGUAUAACAAUCUGAAACUUGCAAUACUACAAUACAUUACAAAACAUAUAGUGGGGCCAAAAGCCUGUAUAGAUUUGUUAAUGAAGUUAUGAUUGUUUUUUCAUGCAUGGGUUUAUGACAUAAAGUCAGAAGGUAUAAUUGUUAUGUCUUAUGAGCCGAUUUUUUGGCAAUAUUUAAAUACACAAACAUUGAGGCAUGAUAUUUUUCCGUAUAUUUCAAAAACAAUUUCGUGAAAUUAAUUGUGUACAGUCAGAUAAUAUUUUAUCACGUGUCUUGUUGGUUGUCGUGAUAGGACUAUAGAUUGACAGAACUCUUUACGCUUUAUGGACAGAGAUCAAAGGUAACUGCGAAUUAAAUAAAUAAAUAAAAUAUCAGUAAAUUAAUAAAUAUAAAUAAAUGUAUAAUUUUAAAAUAAUUACUAAAUUAAUUAAAUAUACUAAAUUACUAUAAUAUAAAUAGCCUAAGAUUUUGCUUCAAGAAAUUAACACGAUUAAAAUACCCAAAUAGGUUACUGCCUACAUAUUUAUCUUAAACUUGUAAAUGAUAUGUUAUUAUGUACUGUUUAAAACACAAGCAAAAGUGCUUUAUCAGAAUGAUAUAAAACACCGAGUGUUAAUAUACCUGUAUAUAUAUAAAAUGCCGAGUGUUUUAUAUCUGACAAAGCACACGAAAUGCCAUGCAAGUGUUUUGAAUGGCCUAAAAACGACCCAUCUUAUGAGUUCAAAAUAAACAUUGUCUAUAAAAACCGAGAAAAUCAAAGCUAAAGUUUAUGUAAAUUAACAUGAUUUUUUAUCACAUAUAAAACUACUGUUUUUUAAUUGUUAAUGAAGCAUGUUUAAUGAUAAAUUGGAUUACAUGUACAUAUAAAUUUCAGGCAAUCAUUACAAAGUUAUAAAGCAGUAAAAAUUUAAACUUUCCACGAAAAAGUCUAAAGUUAAAGACAAAGUAACAAAUUAUGUACGUGGCUGAUUUGCUUUUAAAAAGAUCCAAAUGUUAUAUUUAAGUUUUGUUGUGAGAACGCAUCGCGUUUUAAGAAAUAUUUUGGAUUAGGUAUAUGAUGAACACAUACUAUAUGGUACUUGAGGAAUGAGAUAUCUUUGCAAUAGAUGGCAUUUUAGUUUUCUAUUUAUCUUUUUAAUAGCAUUUUAAAAUAGGAAACCAUAGGAAUGUUUUCUGUCAUGCAGAGCAAGGAUAGGUAGAAAGGAAGAAACAGAUUGUCACAGUUUUGUUUAACAGAACGUGAGAAUAAUAUACAAGAAUAAUUUCAGAAUUGUCGUGUUUAAAUAGUUAAUCAUUUUUGUCCUUCCAUUUCAUGCUAAAUUGUUCUCUAUUUAAAUCAUUGAAUAUAUGUAUAUUACAUCUAGGAUGUUGGAAUUAACCCAUCAGACAUCCCUGAUCUCACCAAGGUAAAUGAAGUGACUAAAUUUUAAAGUGCCUAUGCUAGAAUUUUUUAUGAUUGAAUUGCAAAGUUUAUUUAAAAUCAUAAUGCAACUUUUUUUUAAUUAAACUUUGUUAUCUUUCCUGUAGAUCAAGAUAUUGGAAAUAUGACUUAAAUGACGUCUUGCAUGCAAAUAUGACUUAAAUGACGUCACAGAAGACUGUUUUUAGCUUGAUAAAAUUGUCAUUAACUUAAAUUUGCAGACGAAAUAUAGUUCUUAAAGUAUAUAACAUUCAAUGUCAGUGGAAUUAUCACAUGUUUGGCAAGGAAGCGUUAUCUUUCUAAGAACUCAUAACGUCAUUUAAGUCACAUUUGCAUGCCAAACAAAGUCAAAUAUCUUGAUAUACAGGAAAUACGACAAAGUUUUAGGAAAAAAGUUACAUAUGACUUUAAAUGAACUUUGCAAUUCAAUCAUAAAAAAUUCUUGCAUAGGCACUUUAAUUAAAAAUUUUAUUUUUUAAAAAAAAAAAUAGAAUUGCCUUGUUUUAAAAUUACUGUGCUUUUAAUGUUAGGUUAAAAUGUGUUGUUUUCUUUUCAGGCUCCGAGCAGUCUUAUGGAAGCGUUAGAAAGUCAUUACCAGUCUCUUGAAAAGGGGAAGGUUCCCGUUGCAUCUUCCAAGUAAGAAUGGAUAAUGUUUAAAACCUGUUUAACACUUGCAAUUUUAGGCGUCUUGUGAUGGACACUGUUUAAUUUCAUGUAACGUAAAAGCUAUAAAAGCUAUCGCAAUGAAAUAAAGAUCAUUGCAUACAGAAACGACUAACUUAGAUUUUGAUAUGUAACACUUGAAUUUACAUGCAAUAUUGACUGCGCUGUUGAUGUUUGAACGUUGAACUACUGUUUUUGAAAAUGCCAAAAAUUAGCAUAGAACAACCUUAUAAUUAUCGAUGUAGUUAUACUUGUUAAAUAAUAAAUAUUUUUAUUUUGGUUAUAUCUCGCUCAAUUGUGCAUGUAAAUUGAAGUGUUAUAUAUCAAAAUCUAAGUUAGUCUUUUCUGAAGGCAGUGAUCUUUAUUUCAUUGUGACAGCUUUUAUAGCUUUUACGUUAAAUGAAAUCAAACAAUGUCAAGUUUUUUUGGGGGACCCGGUGUAAAAUAAAAUUUUGAGAGUACAUUCCAAAACCACAUGUUACUCGUUGUUUCUCGUUGCAUUUAGACGUCCCAAUUUGCAGCCAAUCAACGUGCCUCAAUUAACGACAGAAAGUUUAAACAAUCCAAUCAAAUUCGAGGACUACAAGAAGGAAGAAUUGAUCAAAGAAGAAGAACAUAGAUUAAAUUCAUUCAAGGUAGAAUGUCGAUUUGCUCCAGGGGUUGAAAUUUAAAAAAAAUUUUAGUCGCCCAAAAGGCUACCAGUUGAGUACCUGUGAAUAAGAUCUGAUCUUGCUAAAUCAAUAUGUUAUAAUGUUUUCGUUCAAAAACACAAAAAAACCCAAACAUGAGCAAUCAUGCUUUGAAUAGGGAUGACAGUGCCUAUUUGCCAGAGGAAUACAUACAUCUCAUUGGCAGGUGACGUCAUCCCUUGGGUAUUUAAGAAGCCACGAUUGCAAUUUUAGAUCACCCCUGAUGAAGACACUAGACUGGAGUGUCGAAACGUUGGGUCUUGAUUACAAUUCGACUGGGCUUUGUAAUCAUUUAUUUGGAUAGAUAGAUAGAAAGCUUUAUUUACCCACGCUAACCCUAUCAAUUUCCAUAGGGGGCCUGUCAUGCAUAAGAAAAAUUACAGUAGUAUAAGCGAAAUAUUACAUAAAUAUAGUUAUUUACAAAUAUGAGGUAUAGUAACAAGAAGUACAAAUUAGCUAGAUAGUAGGAAUGGUAGAAUAAUUAUUUACAAGUAGUAGAACAAGUAGUCUUAGAAAAUAUGUGCAGCAAUUUUCUUUUGAAAGCUUGACAGGGAUUGACUUUCCCUGAUUUCAUUUGGGAUAGAGUUCCAUAGUUUAGCACCAUCAUACAUGAAACUAUUUUUCAUGCUAUUGGUGCGUGGUUGUGGUAGACAAAGACCAGAUGAAAUAUUUCGAAGUUUAUAAUCUGUUAUCUCAUUUUUGUAACGAAAGAGGUUUGUGAGAGAUUCAGGGCCUGUUUUAUUUAGAGUUUUGUACAUCAUUUUUGCUUUUGCCUUUUUCCUCAUAAUAUCAAGUGGUUCCCAGCCCAAGGCACACAAAGCAAUAGUGUGAUCUACGUCAUUGCUCAUAUUUGAAAUAAUUUGAGCAGCUCUGUUUUGGAGCUUUUGUAGUCGUUUUGAUUGUAUUUCACCCAAUACAUCCCAAACUUCUGAACAAUAGUCGAAGUAGGAACCAGAGUAGCGAGCGAAACAUAAUUGAUAUACCUGGUUGCAAUGAACGAACAAACUUUAAGUUGUCUAAUAUAUAUACGUUCGCAAAUUAUGUGCAAAAGUAGAAUGGAACACUUGACAACUGAGAUAUUUUGAUCAGCUGAGAUUUUGAACUCUCGCUAAACUAGGAUAACCUAUAUAUAGAAAAGACGUUCACAGCAAUUUGAGAUCUUAAUGUAAAAACGAUUAACAAAAUGGUGCCCGACUAUCUUUCAAGCAAAUUCAUACCAACUAAAAAACUAGUUUCAUAUUAAUCUGACACUGCAAUCGAGCAACGAAAAAUUCGUUGGCUCCAGCGGGAUUUGAACUCGCAUCUUCGGGUAUCUAGACCGCCGCUCUACCUAUUGAGCUAUCGAGUCAACAGGGAUUGGUAGCGAGUCUUAUCCAAUUUACUGUAAGUGCACGAAAUAUUUUCGCGACGACUUAACGCUUGUCUUGGAGGACGCGCAGUGUUUCAAUUCUAUUUCAGAACCAUCCUCAGAGAUACGAAAAACUAAUUUCAUAUUAAUCUGACACUGCAAAAUAUUAAUCUGUUCUGAAAUAGAAUUGAAACACUGCGCGCCCUCAAGACAAGCGUUAAGUCGUCACGAAAAUAUUUCGUGCACUUACAGUAAAUUGGAUAAGAUCGCUACCAAUCCCUGUUGACUCGAUAGCUCAAUAGGUAGAGCGGCGGUCUAUAGAUACCCGAAGAUGCGAGUUCAAAUCCCGCUCGAGCCAACGAAUUUUUCGUUGCUCGAUUGCAGUGUCAGAUUAAUAUGAAACUAGUUUUUCGUAUCUCUGAGGAUGGUUCUGAAACAUACCAACUAAUGUAAUGCACAACUACAAUUUGCGUAACUCAGAGUCGAAGCUUUUUGUCCCAAGACCUUUGACUUGAGUCAUGUAAGAAACGUUUUACGUGUAGAGGAACCGUCUUGUAGAAUAGCCUAUACCUGUCGAAGCUGUAAAUGCUACAUCCGCUCGAAAUUUCAAAAACAAAAUUAGACAAUCCUGAUUUUUUUCUAUCUUUAGUAUUGUGAAUAAUAUUAGUAAGUUGUAGGUGUAAUUGUAAUAAUACUAUGUAGUACUAGAUAUUUUAGUGUGCACGGCUCCAUGGAAGAGCACAUUUUAUGAAAUGGACUCUGUGUGAAAAUAGUUGCAGUCCCCCCCCCCCUCCCUUAAAGGGGCAGUGUCACGACGCUGAUUGGCUAAAAUAAACGUCGCAAACGGCGAAACGUUUAAAGCUAAUGCUACAUGAUUGGAAAAGAUGCAGCAGCCUCCAAUUUUUAAAACAAAGCAAGGAUGUCCUGAAUAACGAAGGGAUUAAAUAGUGUAUCGUAUUUCACUCCUAACUUGAUUAAAGCCUGUUUUCCACUCCACCGUAUCGUAACGUACCGUGGCAUUUUCUUUGGUGUCGAAGUCAUUAGUUCCACUCUAGUGGUCAGAAAACAAAGAAAUACGCUACGUUUCGGACAAUACGAUUGAAGUGGAAUACUGGCUUAAUGGACGACUUGCGCUUUAGAAAAAUUUUUAAUCUGGGAAUAACAAAGGAUAUUUUUGGAAAGAAGUUAUCAAAAUUAGAAAAUCUGCAAAGUUUGGUUGCGAAAUGCUGUAAAAUACGGAAAAUAUAGCCCUGCGAAGUUGGCGAAUUUGUCACAUUUCUAUCACGUGCGGAAAUUGGUAACUAAUUUAGUUACCAAUUCACGCACGUAAUACAAAAGUAUACAAAUUUGCCAACUUUGAAGGGCUAUAUUUUCCGUAUUUUACAACAUUUCGCAACCAAACUUUGUAAUAUUACUAAUUCCAGGACGCUCUUUCUAGCUGUGGUGAUAGAUUUCGUUGUUCUUACUUAGAUUAAAAUUUAGUCUAAAGCGCAAGUCGUUCAUUGUUGGCAGACAGUUUUUCAAGUGCGCGCAUAUUUUGGAUGCGCUGUAGAACCGUGACACUGCCCCUUUAAUGUCUGUCACUGGCACUGUUCUACGUGUACCCGACAUGCUCUAAUCUUUUCUAAACUUUAUGUUUAGGAAGUAAGGAAACAGCAGGAGGUGGUGCUACAGGCAGCACCCACCAGACAAACGCCAUCCAGUAGACAGGAUGCAUGGAGUACAGCAUUUGAAGCAAACACUGCUGUGAAUCACAUACAAAGCCAAAACACAAACAACAACAAUGAUUUACUUGCAUUACACCAAGUCUUUUCAGCACCUAAAGUAAGUUGUAUAUGUAAAGAAUAAGAUGUUAUAGUGUUGUGUUUGUAGAGAACACCAUAACUUUAUUAAUACUGCAUAGAUAGCUCUAAACUGUUCUCCUUAGAGAUUCAGUAAGGAUCAUCUCUUAUUGAUCUAGUGUUACUACAGGGGAAACCUAAACUAACCUAACUUUAUUUAUACUGGAUAGCUCUAUCAGUUCUAAAUUGUUCUUCUUAGAGGUCCAGUAAGGAUCAUCCCUUAUUGAUCCAGUGUUACUACAGGAGGAAACCUAAACUAAACUAACUUUAUUUAUACUGGAUAGCUCUAUCAGUUCUAAACUGUUCUCUCUAGAGGUCCAGUAAGGAUCAUCUCUUAUUGAUCCAGUGUCACUACAACAGGAAACCUAAACUAAAAAUGCUGUGCUGAGUGGUUAUAUUACUACCUUAAAAAAAUAAGCAGAAACUCGACGUUUCGAGCGAAGACCCUUCGUCAAGAGUUAGGGCCUUCGCUCGAAACGUCGAGUUUCUGCUUAUUUUUUAAGGUAGUAAUAUAACCACUCAGCACAGCAUUUUCACAUUGGUACUACCAACACUGGUGGUACAGACAGUUUUAGUAUACUGUUAACCUAAACUAAACUAAACUAACUUUAUUUAUAUUGUAUAGCUUUACAGUUCUAAACUGUUCUUCGUGGAGAUCCAGUAAGGAUCAUUUCUUAGAGGUCCAGUAAGGAUCAUCUCAUUGAUCCAGUAUUACUACGGGAGGAAACCUAACCUAAACUAACUUUAUUUGGAAGUGGAUAGCUCAAUCAGAGUUUUUAACUGUUCUCUCUAGAGGUCCAGUGAGGAUCAUCUCUUAUUGAUCCAGUGUCACUACAGCAGGAAACCUAAACGAAACUAACUUUAUUUAUAUUGUAUAGCUUUACAGUUCUAAACUGUUCUUCGUAGAGAUCCAGUAAGGAUCAUCUCUUAGAAGUCCAGUAAGGAUCAUCUCAUUGAUCCAGUAUUACUACGGGAGGAAACUCAAACUAAACUAAUAUAACUUUGUUUAUAGUGGAUAGCUCAAUCAGUUUUUAACUGUUCUCUCUAGAGGUCCAGUAGGAACAAUAUCCUCAUGAUCCAGUGUUAGUAUAGUUUAGUUAGUACUCUACCUGUUCCCGACCUACUUUCUUAAGUCGGCAAAACUUUCUCGACCUGAUUUUUUGAGCCAACAUUUCCUGAAUAUAUGAGGUCUGUGACGUAUUUCUCUUGAUAUUUUUUGCAGCCUGUCGAAACGUUCACUCCAGAUUUCGGGCACAGUUCUGCAUUUCCUCCGUCCGGUGGACAGCCUGUCAAUGCAGGUGGAUUUAGUUCGGCUCAGCCCAGUCCAUGGAGUCCAGGACCGAAUCAAUCUGGUAAGGUGGAUAUUGUAUAUAAGCCGCCCCCGUAUUUUUGCCUCCAUGUGUAAGGCCGUCCAAAAUUCUUACGAAACGAAUAUAAGCCCAGGGUUUACGGUAUAACCAUAAUGUUGUUUUAUGUGUAGCGCAAGGUGGUGUUAAUCUGUUUGGUGGCAACUUACUAUCUGGAGGUCCAAGUGAAAUUCUUCAACCAAUGAAUAAACAACAGCCGCAGCUCGUAGACCAGACACAAAGUAAUGUGGAUAAGGGAAACCUGGACACCAGUCUUAAUAAAGUCGCCAUGUCUAUAGGUGAGUAUUAUAACCACACAGAAGAGAAGGCCAAAGUACCUUUGUACUUUAAAAGAAAUCCAGUGAACUCUCCUGGAGUUUUUUAUUUUGAGCAUAUGAGUCAGUUUCUUGCCAAGAUCUCAUUUGAAAUAGACACGAACGGUUAGCAAGGCCAAAAUUUGUCCCGACCCUGCCUAGCUUUUGGAUGCCGAAAUCCCGACCCUAAACUUUUUUAUUGGAUCAUGCUUGUAAGUGUUUCCACUUAGAGGAAAACGUUUGUGGAAAAUGGAAAUUUGAGGCAAUAUUAGGGAAAUUUAUCUUUGGAUGUGGAAGCACUGACUAAACAAAAUGGCGUCCGGUUGUUAGAAAAAUUAAAAAAGUUAAAACCGACCUACCCUACCUACGUUUUUACAAGAAGAAAUGGGAAACCCACAUAUUUUUUUUUGGCCCAAGCACUUGUUUUGUCCAACGUUUUAGCAAUGUUCGAAGCACUGUUUAAAAAAAAAAACAAGCAGCAUUGUUUUCUUUGGUUGUGUGGAUUGCCAAACUAAUUGUCAAAAUAUUUAACAAUUAUUUGCCCGAGCGAUUAUCGGGGAUCGUUACUUGAAAUCACUGCCCUCAGUCAUAAGACUGCGCGCAGGCUACAAGUGAGGCGAAAUUAUAAUCUGACAACUGUAGAAAUCAGAAUCCAGUCACAAUGGUGGAAAGCACACUGACCACCAUGGGACUCUCAGUUCUCAAUAACACAUAUGUUAGCCUGCGUACAGGCUGUCUGAGGGUGAGGGACAGCUAGCCUGCGUACAGGCUGUGUUGGCUCAGGCGUUCGCAAUCCCAGUGUUCAAUGACUCAAGGUCAAUCUCUCAAGCUACACGAAGUACUGGAGACUACCGGGUCAAAGUCACCAGACAGUUCACAUGUCAACUGUUUUCAGGACCCCUGCGAUGUCAUCAUUGCCAACAAUUCAAAGUUGCAUCGAAACGUUUCUUGUAUAUAAAUAUGCUAAUGCUGUCUGGCGCAUGCGGUGCAAAUCUUGCGUGAAUAAGUGUACGUCUGCGCAGCCGCAACAUGUUUUCAGGCUUCAGCGAGAACAAAUUUGUUUUACACAAGUCUUUUUGUUUUUUUGGGACUAAAUUUAUUUUAAUUUCGCUUAUUUAUUUAUCAGUAACUUCCACAAAAUGGCUAGCCACCAUUCGGUAUAUUCACCUGUAGGUGAAUAUUUAACAAUUAUUCACCGAAGGCGAGGUGAUUAUCGGGGAAUAUUCGCCGAGACGAAGUCGAGGUGAAUAUUCCCCGAUAAUCACCGAGCCUGAGACGAAUAAUUGUUUUAGUAUUUUUGUGUUUUUUGGGAUUGAAUUUAUUUUAAUUUCGCUUCGAUAUAUCAUAUAUCAUAAUCAAUAUAACGUCCACAAAACGGCUAACCAUUUUGAAAAUUUCGGUUUUGUUAUAUUCACCUGCAGGUGAAUAUAACAGCUUAAUACGUCAAAUUUGACCAAUCAACUUGUAGGAUUUGUUAUAUUCACUUGUGCAAAAAUACUAAUACCCAAUACUGAAGAUUGUCUCCACAAAAAUAAAAUCAACAGGCAUGCCCUACUCUCGACCUACAGUAGCAAGCUUAACCCAGUAUAAAAUAUGAACGAUCUAAUAAUCUUCUUCAUUUUCUAGACAAUCUAAAUGUCUCUGGUAUCAGACCUCCGCCAGGUUCAAUGGGAAGAGGGCAUCAAUGGACGCCGCCAAAACCAACGGUAAAAACGGGGGGAGCACACUUUCAAAUGGGUUCCAGCCUUGGUCCAACCUUGCCACCAGUUGGAAUGCAAACCCAACCCAUUGUACGCCCCCCGUAUGUCCAGCCUGGCAUAUAUCCACAACCAAUGGCUUACGGGCAGCAGCCCAUGAUGCAACAACCUGCAAUGCAGGCUAAUUUGUUUCCCCAGCAAAGAGUUCCGGUAGUGAAUGACCCGUUUGGGGCACCCGUACCGGGUAACCAGCCAUUGUUUUAGUAAAUAAUGUGUUCAUUGAGAUUCAUGAAUGCGGACUGUAAUACAUAAUGUAAUGAGGCCGAAUAUUUGAUGAGAAUGCGUAGAAAUUUGUUGAUAUGCCUUUGCAUAACACUUCCAUAAACGCUGGUUUACAUUAUCAAAUUGCUGUGAUCACAGUAGAGAUUUUGCAUAAUUAAAUUCUAAGUUUUGAAGGAUUUGUAAGAAUGUUUGAAGGAACUGACUGACUGUUUAACACUGCGCUUUUAGGAAUCAUAUUCUUGAGUAGUUGGCUUUAAAUAUGAUGGAGGCACUUUGUGCCGUCGAUGCUUUGACGUUAAUGUUAUUUUUUUAUUUUAAUGUUUUCAUUAAAGAAUUUUAUUAUGCAUUUCAUUACGCCGUCCGCAUUUUAUUGUUUUUGUCCGCAUCAUUGUAUUUUAUUCCUUUUGUCCGCCCGUGUCCGUCCGUAUCCGCAUUUUAUUCCAACCCUUGAUCUGAUCGCCUUCCUCAAACAUUUCGUACACAAUCCUUCAAAACUUAGAAUUUAACUAUGCAAAAUUCCUACUGUGAUCACAGAAACUUUGAUAGUGUAAAAAAGUGCUGUUAUACGGCGUGAAAUUUUCACAUUCAUUCAUCACAAAAGCGUUUUCAAAAACUUGAGCUUUUGCUAAUGCAUUUACUCUGACUCAAAUUUUUGAGUAAAAAUACUCGGGAUUUUUUGAAAUUGAAUGUUGUUUUGAAAUUCUUACUGCACUCCAUUCCUUUCGUUCAUUUGCUGUUUUUUAUAUUAACAUUUAUGUCAUGGGUGGAAAAAAUCUUAUGCAAGGGCAUAUUGGAACACUUUUCUUAUGUAUUUUAAGGCAGCUCAGAAAAUCUGGAAGGCCAAAUCUAUAAUGGAGCCAUACAGGCCCAAACAUUAGAUACUGCAAUUUCCUGUUGAAUUUUGAAGGCAGUACUUUUUAUCGUAAAGUUUGUACGAUGUCAAAAUUUCCCUCCGUUCAUUUUUUCCCUCUGAAAUUGGGCUCCCUGACAUUUCAAUAACCCAGGGGAAAAUUACCCCUUCCAUUCACACUCUCAUUGACCCAUUCCCCCCUCUUUUACCCCUCCCCCUCUCCCCUUGUCCGCUACCCCUCUUGACCCUGUAUAACGAAACGUUAUUUGUGUAACUUUACGAUAGAACAAUUUAAGCAUUCAAAAUUUAAACCUGAAAUCAAACAAAAUUUUCGAUAGCUUUUUUACUUACUUCAAAAAAUACAGUCUCCAAGUCUGCACGAAGGGCAUUAGGAAAAUUAGCCCACAGAAUACUUCAAGAGCAUAUACAAUUACGCAUUUACUAAAAUCAAAACGUAGUUAAAACAAUCAUACAACGUAACGAUAGAUUUAGUAUUAGAUAAUCGUGAUUAACGUAAAUUGUUCGUAUUAUUCAUCGCGUCUUUUGAAUCGUAAAAUUUGUGUCGUAUAACUGUAGGUCUAAAAUACAAGCCGGUUCUUGCCAUGUUUAAUAAGGUACUGUAGUUUAUAAGUUUAAGGUUUCUUUGAAAAAGAUGAUCCGUUCACUAACAUCCUUGCUACACACAUAAAAACGCACAAGUUGUAACAAUGCUGUUCCAACAACUUGUCGACAGGAUGUGUUCGCACUGCUUGUUCCAUAGAAAUAAUAGAUAUAGAAUGCGUACUUGAUCACGAAUCAUGUCUCCACUUUUUCUCAUGCGUGCCCUUAUAAAUCCGCCAUUUUGUGGAGACAAAUUUUUCACUGAGAAAAGAUAGGAGUUACGCAUUCUAUAUCUAUUAUUUCUAUGGCUUGUUCCCAGCUUCUUGACAAGUUGUCAACGACUUGUUGACAACUUGCUACAAGGUUGUUGAGCUCAACAUGCAGACUUGUUACCGUCCUGCAAUUCAACAAUUUGUCAACAAGUUGUGACUGACAACCUUGUAGCAACUUGAUAAAAUAACAGCAUUGUUAGGACUUGUUGACAAGCUUGCUACAAGCUUGUUGCGAACACAUCUUGUUGACAGAUUGUAAGAUUUUAAGUUUGUUUGCGAAAGGUAACUAAAGAUGAAUUAUCAAUUCAUGUAGAUAAUUCCUAAGACCAAAAUUCCAUGAUAUUUUAUGACAGUUUCUCUUCGAAGUAUGUUUUGAGUCAAAACCAUAGUGUCAACUGACCAAAAAUGUCAGGUUAAAGUCAGUAUAGCGCUGCACGUCGAAAGUUUUUACAGAAAAGGAAUGUACCAAUAUUCAGAGCCGUUACUAUAAUAAAUAUAGUAUACCAUUCAUAGUGUGAAGUCUUGUUGGUCUGAUGCCAGUGAUGGCCUCUAUGUGUAGGUCGGUUUUUAGGCGGCUUAGUCUGCAGGUUUCAGACAAAGUCGUGACAUGUUGAUGCAUUUCUUUAAAACUCUGAUCUAUGUAUGCAUUUACUGACUGGAUUGCUAAAGUGUUUCGGCUACAACACAGACUUGGGCAAAGUCCGCCUCAGAAAUUUUCCAUUUGACAAGUACUUUGCGAAAGUCUACACAAUGGCAUAGUAACCAGUUAAAGUACCAGUAUUUUAUAUGUCGUAUAUUCUGUAAGUUAAUUUAUUUGUAACAAUUUUUUGUGUUGUAUGAAUAGACAGAUAUGACUGACCACUCGUUAACCAAAUUUGUCUGUAAAAUAAUGCACACAUACACUGAUAGAAAAGUACGGUAUUACUUAGAAAAUUAGUUGUGGAAACAAAUAAAAUGAAUUUCUUGUAUACGUGAUGGUUUAAAAUUCUUGUUCUGCUCAAAACAUUGUUUUUUCACGGAAUUGCGCAGACUCUAUAUACCAAUUCAAUCGGCUCUGACGAGUCUGGUCGCAGGGUAGGAUCACUAUAUUCUGUCAAGAUGAAGUAUUGCAGGCUCGUGUGCGCCGUCAAACACACCGCUGGUCGGGGUGAUAUUUUCAAGAUGGCGGCUUAAUUGUCAAAAAAAGUUGUUGAAAUGUGAACUGUGAAGCCCUCGUGUGACGAAUUUUAAGCAAUUUUAACAAUGAACCCGAAACUACAAGAACUAGAAUAUGCCGCACAUCUUUUAUUCGUAAGUAUUUUGUCAGGUGUUGUCUCGUAUUGAAGUUUCAUACAUUUUAAUAUAACCUUCUAUGAAGCUGAAAAUUUGAGACACUAUUUGACUAUAUGUCUAUACAUAGUUUUCUCAUUUUCUAGGCAUCUCACUCAGUGACUGUAGAACAGAGACACGCAGCUGAACGUGUGUUCCUCAAUUUCAAAGCACAAAGUUGUCCAUACAAGUUUUGCCAAGAAAUUUUUCGUAAGAAAUUAUAUAAAUAUAUACAACCUACAGGGCCAUUCCAUUUUCCAUAUACAGCUAUUUCAAUUAAGGUUGUCCAUGAGCAAAGCGGAAAAGUCGAGUACGAGCGCGAAAGGCUGCUGGGAAUUGCUUUGAAAAUUCAUUAAUUUGUUAGCGAUUCCCUUCAGCCUUUUCGUGCUCGUAUUCGACUUUUCCGCUUUGCUCGCGGACAACCUUAAUUGAAAUAGCUGUAUACAAAUUGUAUAUACGAAGUGUCUAUACAGCUGGCUAUUUAGUAAACUGCCGGCUAUAUAGUGACUAUAGUUAAAGUUGAAUUUUUAUAAGAUAAACCGAUCCCUACCCCCAAACCCUUCUCUAACCCUAACCUAACCUUUUGAGAGUAGUUUAGUUUAGUUUAAUGAAUUUGUCACAUUUACAAGAAAAAAUUUACAAUUACAACUGACACUAGAACAAUAAAAACUAACAAAAUAAUUAGUACUUGUGACAGGAGUCUGAAACAGAACUUGCAUCCCAAUUGAUAUCAAACUCCUUUAUCAAACCCCAUUUAGUAAGAAAAGGAGGGGGGAAAAGUGGAAAAAAUUUUAAGAAAAUAUAUGCUAAGUCAGACAAAACACAUCCCGGCCCGGACUUGGUUUCACUUUCCGCACGCAGCACCUUUACUGUAUAAGCUAAUGACAAGCUCAGUAAAAAUUGGCGCAAACAAAAGUUUUUAUAUGUAAAGCCUGGUUCACAUAAAAUCGUUAAGCAGUCGCAGACAUGUGCCGAAUUUUUAUAUGAACACAAAUGCAGAUUCGCGCAGACUGCCUGAGACCGGAUCGGCGACAGAUCGGGAAAGUUGAACUUGGUUCAACUUUCCCGAUCCGUCGCAGGUCAUUCAUAUAAAAAUUCGGCACAUGUCUGCGACAGUCUGCAACUGCUUAACGAUUUUAUGUGAACCAGGCUUAACUGUAGUCACUAUAUAGCCAGUAGUUUACUGAAUAGCCAUCUGCCGGCUGAGUAGACACUUCAAAUUAUAUACAGGGCCAUUCCACAGAUUUUUUUUAAAAUUUUUUUUUUAAAACCUUUUUCUCUCGCUCUUUGCUUUUUUUAGCACUUUUUUGAUGGCAUGAUUUUUUAAUUUUUUUGUUGAUUUUUAAAUUUUUAUUUUUUUUGUAAUUUUUCUGAGUGUGAACAUGUUUUAAAUCAGUGAUUUGCCCCUCGGUCUCGUUGGUGUUCCUGACUGGAAAUGAAAAUUGCACACCUGAAAUUUAACAAAUUUAAUAGUAAAUAUACAAACUUUCCACACUGGCUGGUGUUUUGUAAUAAAUUGUUUUACCUAAAUAGCACAUUUUUAUUUAGAACAUAGCAAUAAUGAUUACGUCCUUUACCAAGCCAUGACAACGUUGAAAGAGGCCAUAGUGAAGGAAUGGUCAAUUUUAAAUAAGUCCGAUAUUGAUUUCUGGCAGAAUUUUCUUCUUGCUUUUGUGUGUGAACGGAAAAAGUAAGUUAUUGUAUCAUGCUAUAAUAUAAUAUAAUUUUGAGUGGGCUGUCACUAGGGGAGGGGCCAAGUGGGGUGGCUGCCCCCCCAAUAAUUUUGAAAGACCUAAUGUUUCAAUGAUUACUUCUCUAGCCUGCAAAAGUAUGUUAUCGAAAAAUCUUUGCAAUGCAUAGCGGUAAUUCUAAAGAGGGGGACAUUGGAUCACACAGCAAGCCAUAAUCCACUUCAAAAUUUGAUGGCAAAUAUUCUUCAAUUGUUUGCAAGCAAUGAUCUUAACAUGGUAAGGAUGACACUUUGUAAACAAGUUCACUGAAAAUUUGGAAAUGCUAAUAGACAACUUGCAAGUAUAUUCCCAUAAAUAACUUUGGUUACGAAAAAAUUUGGUUACGAAAUGUUGUAAAAUACGGAUAAUAUUGCCUUGAGAAGUUUGCAUAUUUUAUGUAUGUUUGUAUUAUGUGCGGAAAUUGUUACAAUUUUUGAGCUAAAAAUGGUAACAAUUUCCACACGUAAUACAAACAUAUACAAAAUUUGCAAACUUUGCAAGGCUAUAUUUUCCAAGCUUUACAACAUUUUGCAACUUUACUAAUUUCAUUAUGUUCUUUUUAGCUGUGGUUUUUAAUUCCCUUCUCUUUACUUAGAUUAAAAUUUAGUCUAACAUGCAAGUUGUCCAUUUUAAAGCCAAAUGAUUUUGUUUUAGAAAUUGAUAGGAUGUUCAAUGAUGAGAGCAUUGUUAUACGAAUAUUCAUCUGUCGGUCAGUCCAGUGAUAUUAAGAUGAGCUUUGAAUUUCAUUGCAAGUGCAAGACCCUUUUUGAGGUAUAUCUUUAUUCCUAUCAUUUCUUCCAUUUAAUCCUUUCCUAGCUGGUAGUAUCAAUAUUGUAAUUAUUGUAACCAAUGACCAUAAUUCUUCGAAAUUGUCACAUUUCUUGACAUUCCAGCUGAGCUGGGAGAAAGCACCACAACUCCGGCACCGGCUGACUGAAUCACUGGAGCUUCAGCAGAACUCUGGCGCACAGCACUACCAAAAAUUUUCCAUUGGUUAGAUGGUAAUUAGUUGUAGAGUUACAAGAUUGUUACAUCUUUAAGGGCUGAUUACUAGUGCUGUGCAAACUCCGGUUUUUCAUCUCCGACUCCGGCCGAAUUACAGCUCUGAGCUCCGGCUCCGGCCACAUCAUAAAAUAUUAAAUAAAUGUUUUACGAUCAGAGAACAUUUAUUAAUAUUAUUAUGAGUAACCCUUUUCGCGCUUUCUAAUUAUCAGAUAACAUAACUCGGGAAACAAAACAGUGAAAACACUUAACCACGCAGAAAAUAUCUAUAUGGAAACCAGCCUCGAAAAAUCUUUGACACGAGGCAUGACGCUAACACUCUCAGACUCCACAGCGCAAUUGUUCGCACGCAAACAAAGUACUCUGUUAUUUUCAAAAGGUUGAUAUUUAUUUGUUUUGUACUUUUUCGUUAUCUACAAGGCAUGAAUACACAGACUACAGUAUGUAGCGCUAAGUCAGAUGGCUUCAUGAAAGCAUGACGUUUGUAAGUUGCGAUCAUAUUACAGCUUUUUGACGCUGUUCCUGUGGGCUGUGGCAGUUUGAGUCUAUGAUGAAUUCAUUAACAGCAAUUGGCAGUUUGCAGUUAACAAUCGUUUGACAUUUGUCUCAUUUCAUAUUGUUUUCUUGUCAUUUUGCCGGAGCUGGGAAAACGUAACUCCGGCUCCGGGCUCCGGCAUACAAAAUUCUGCUCCGGCGUCGGAAAAACCGCCGGAGCUCCGGCAGAACUCCGGCAACUCCGGCGCACAGCACUACUGAUUACAUGUGUAGUUUUCAGCCCAGGCCGAAUUUCAACCCAGUUAACUGAGCUAAAAUUGUUUCACAUUUACGUGACAAAUUUCAGCCCGGGAUGAGUUAAGGCCGGUUUACACGACCAGUGUUUUGGGCACGGCACCCCUAAAAAUGGGCACCCGUGCCGAAAAUUUUAGGCACGGCACCUCUGCGUUUUGGCGUGUAAACGUGACAAUAAUCGGCACCGGUGCCGCAAAAUUUAAACGUGCCGAGACUUUCUCACGAGGUAGUCUCGGCACGUCUAGCAAGGGGUGCCGUGCCCAAAUUUCGAAAAAAAUAAAAAAUAUGUUCGACAUCGAGCAUGCGCAAAACAAAUUGUCUUCUUUCCAACAUGGCAGCAAGCGGGGAAAAACUACAACUUGCCAAAAAUAAAAAAAACAAGGUUAAAAAACAAAUUUAAAUAACACAGAAUGUGAAUGUUGCUCUAGUUGACUCGGAAAUUUUUAUACCACUGUUCGUCGCUGAAGAGAGCAGUAACUAGGUCGUAGCAAAUAGCUGUCGUUCGAUGCGUCCAUACCUCUCGAAUUCGUGGCGGGUGAAUACAAGAUGGCACAACAUUUAUGCGAGAAAACAACUCCUUUCGUCUUAAAGGGCCUGUUCAUAUGGGCAAAGGUUAUUUCGGUUGACGAGAAAACUUUUCGACUAGCCAAAUAUACUUUUGUUCUGUCCACAUGCAUGGAGAAAUGUUAUUCCGCUUACCGGGUAAAGUUUCCGGCUGUGACAUAGCACUGAAUAUCAAUUGAAUUGAAAAGUCAGUACUGACACGACAGAAAGCUAUCCUGCCAAGCGGGAACUAGAGUUGUGUUCAUAUGGGAAAAACAUUAUCACUUGACAAGUGAGAUCUCGGUACAUACACGGGAAAACGUUUUGUCUUAUAUGAACGCAGUGUAAACAAACUUUUCAUAUUAUUUUCAUACCAAGGCGAGAUCUCGCUUGUAAACUUUUCGAAAAGUUUUUUCACUAACCAGGAUAACUUUUGCCCAUAUGAACUGGCCCUUGAAGUACGUUCCUAGUAUUGAAUUAUUUGGUUUUUCCCUCGAUUUUCGGCUCAUAUAAUAUUCUUCUUCGUUCCAAUAAAUAUAAAUAUAUAAUUCUAUUUCUGGCCGGCAUAUUUAUUCUUUAAAAUAUACCAUCGUAAACGGAAAAUAGAGGUGCCGUUUUCCGAUGGGCACGCACUGAAUAUCAAUUGAAUUGAAAAGAUGCUGAUACGACAGAAAGUCAGUAUCCCGCUAAGCGGUAAAGUUGUGUUCAUGCAUAUGGGAAAAACAUUAUUCCGGUCACCGAGAUUUGGCUUGUCAACAAGCGAGAUCUCGGUACACGGGAAAACUUUUUGUCUCAUAUGAACGCAGUGUAACUUUUCAUAUUAUUUUCAUACCAAGGCAAGAUCUCGUUUGUAAACUUGUCGAACCGCUAACCGAGAUAACUUUCCGCUAACCCCGAUCGCUAACCGGGAUAACUUUUGCCCAUAUGAGCUUUAAAGUACUUUUCUAGUAUUGAAUUGGUUUUUUCCCUCGAUUUUCGGCUCAUAUAAUACUCUUCUUCGUUCCAAUAAAUAUAAAUAUAAAUAUAUAAUUCUAUUUCUGUCCGACAUAUUUAUUCUUUAAAAUAUACUGUCGUAAACGGAAAGUAGAGGUGCCGUUUUCCGAUGGGCACGGUGCCUAUCAUAAAAGUGUGUUUACAAAAUGUUGUCGUGUAAACGAGUAAAUAGCGAAGUGGCGGUUUUGGCACGGUGCCCAUUUUCAGGGGUGCCGUGCCCAAAACGCUUGUCGUGUAAACCGGCCUUUAGUCAGCCUGGGCUGAAGUGAUCAAGUCUGAAAAUGGAGCUAUUCGCUUAUUCUGCUUCUUCUAAGAAUUUAAAAUGUUGUUCAUGUUUAUUAUUUGACUUCUGCGAGACUAUGGUUGCAUUUAAACGCUGUUUUUUUCAACCCGGGCUGAAACUUCCUGUCAAUUACAUGACGAUUUUCAGCCCAGUCAACCGGGAUGAAAUUGAUGUCAUGUAAUCACUUGUUGUGUUUUAAUAGGAUUUUAUCCUUAGGCCGGGCUGAAAUUUCAGCCUAGGACACCAAGACGAAACCGGGCUGAAAACUCCCCAUGUAAUCAGCCCCUUAGACACAGAGUGUGCUUGUAUUGUAUUGUAGGGUAGCAGUCUUCAACAGUUCUUCAUUACGACAAUACAAGCCUUACAAUCAUUCAACUCAAUGUCAACAUUCACCAAAGAACACGUCGCAGUCUUGGGUAACCUUUUGUCUAUCACCGAAACUAUUUUAUCUUGGGAAUUUACGCCGAAAAAUCAUAUCCUUUUAUUGUGAAUAGAUUAAAUUUUUAACUUCAGUCUAAAUAAAUGUAUAAAAUCCACACCCUUAAUUUCCAUUCAGAAGAUUAAAAAUUUCGACAAUUUAAUGAAAUUAGGAAUUUGGGUUAGCGUGUGACAUUCAGACCGGUGUUAAGGAAUAUCGUGUUUCUUAAGUAACGUUCUCGCGGUCUAGCACCAGCUGAGCUAAAUAGAAAGUUUUGAAGUGCAAGUCACCUGACAUUGUUUUGCGUACUAAAAACAGUCAAAUAUAUAUUUUGGGCUACAUGGCAUCCUCGCAAUACUUAUCUGACACCCAAUUUUCCUUGAGCAAAGUUUUAAAGUUGGACAAUUUUUUUUAUAUAUAUAUAUAUAAUGGUGAUUGCUAGAUAGUAUACUUCAAAAUAAGGUUUCCGUUUUUAUAACGUAGAAAAAACUAUCCUAACGCAAAACUAAACCCUAACCCCAACCCCAACCCUAACUUAUUUUAAUAAAAUAAAUUGAAAUAAAACCGAAACCUUAUUUUGAAGUAUACUAUCUAGCAAUUGCCUAUAUAGAAUAGUUACGUUUCUGGCUACGCGUAAUUGUGAACACGGCGUAUAACCCCGCAUUUUUGAUGCCCGAAAAUCCUGAAAGUUAGCUAUAAUCUAUUGCCGUUUUUCUUUAACAACAAUUUAACUUUGAGAGCUUUUCACUCCCGGAACAACGAAACUUCAUCACUGAUUUUAUUCAAGCCUGGGGCAAGCUGGAAGGAAUCCAUGGUCAAUGGCAAUGCCCUCGAAAUCUUCUUUAACGUAAGUAUAUUGCCUACAGGCUGGCAUUUGAUUGCUGCAAUAGACCUAUUCCCUAAUGAACAAAAUUUUGUUCCAGACAAGUCUAGACAAACAUUUCAUCACAGCUUGAAAGAGCAUCACAAAAUUAGUGAUAUUCCGAAGUUUCGUUGCGAAAUGUUUGCCGUUUUUCAGUCAUUUUGUAUUAUUCCGAAUUUGAUUGGCCGGUUUCCACUCAACUUGAUGAUCUCGUGUUUAUCAGUAGUAGUUCCCAAAUUCCCAACCAACCUCGUAAUUGGCGUGGCCAAAGUUUUGUGAAAUCAACUGUAAAGUAGAACUGUCAUGAUGUCAUCUUUGAAUUUUGUGAAAUGACAUCGGUAUCGGCAAAAUAUCGGUCCUUUAAUUAAUAUCGGUUAUCGGAAUAUCGGUGAAUUUCCAUAUCGGUGCAUCACUAGCUGCAAUAUCUACAUAUCUUAUUAUGAUUUCACCUCCGUUGCAUGUAAGAAAAGUGCUUUCAGAUUGACUCUACCAAAAACACUGUAGGUUUUCUCCAGGUGUUCUGUUCUCCUCCUGUAGUACCAGUAAAGGAUCGGCCUGUAGGACCUCUGUGGUGUACAGUUUCUACAGAACUGAAUGUUUAUCUUUUAAAUUUCAGCUUCAAUCCUGUUUGAAUGACAACGAAGUAUUGGUUCACCGUUAUUUUCUAUGCCUGACGCAAUUUGCUUCGUUGACUGGCACGAUUUUUUCAGAUGAGUCUUUAACUGUGCAGUAUCUUGGUCGUCUUUUGCAAGGAGUAUUGCAACUUGUGCAACGCUACAGGUACAUGGUCAACCUUCAUCCUGUCCUAGGACUUGAUCAAACUUCAUCCUGUCCUAGGACUUGAUCAAACUUCAUCCUGUCCUAGGACUUGAUCAAACUUCAUCCUGACCUAGGACUUGAUCAAACUUCAUCCUGUCCUAGGACUUGAUCAAACUUCAUCCUGACCUAGGACUUGAUCAAACUUCAUCCUGUCCUAGGACUUGAUCAAACUUCAUCCUGUCCUAGGACUUGAUCAAACUUCAUCCUGUCCUAGGACUUGAUCAAACUUCAUCCUGACCUAGGACUUGAUCAAACUUCAUCCUGUCCUAGGACUUGAUCAAACUUCAUCCUGUCCUAUGACUUGAUCAAACUUUAUCCAGUCCUAAGACUUGAUCAAACUUCGUCUAGUCCUAGGAUUUAUUCAAAUUUCAUCCAGUCCUAGGACUUGAUCAAACUCCACCCAAUCCUAGAAUUUAAUCAAACUUCAUCCAGUCCUAAGACUUAAUCAAACUUCAUCCAAGCCUCCUUUUACCAUUUGAAAUAUUUACUUAUAGUGGUCAAGUAUCUGGUAUGCUAGCUUGUGGUUUUGCAUCUGUUGUCAAUCGCAUUACAACUGUAUUCCCAAUGUCACUGGUACUCAGUCUUCCCACGGAGCUUGUACAAACAUACCUGCACGCUAUAUCUCAACUUACACAAAGUUUCCUGGAGACAGCAAUGAGAAACGAGGACGUAAGUCAGCUUUUUGAAUUUGUUUUCUGUAUGGUACUAAUGCAGGCGUUAUAUUGAUGGUACCGAUCAUAGGACUUAAUGUAUGAAUUAACAAAAUAUUUUAAAAAAUGGUAAAAAUGUAUUUACUUACUCGUCAAUCGGUAACGGUAGGUCUGUUAGACAGGGGCGGAUCAAGCCUCAUCUGCAAGGAGGGGUGCAGGUUUUCCAUGGGGGAUGGGCUUGUGCGCGAGGGAGCCUUACUGCCCACUCUCCUCUGCAACGCUACUAUCCCAACAGUUCACCGUUCUGUUACGUUUUACAUUAUCUUUCGUUUAUAAAGUUUAUAUGGCUUUUUAUCACGUUUGCGUGACUGGACAGUUGCUGUAGCACAGUACAGUAAAUUUGCUUGUUCAAGUACAGUAUAUUUUUGAUAAUAUGGUUGUAUAACAACCUCGACAUGAUAUUUGUGAUGUUACUCUGAGUGUAUAUCCACACCGGGCGAGCUUGAAAAAUAUGCCCGACCACGGUGGGAAUCGAACCUACGACCUUUGGAAGACUAGCCCAAUGCCCUGCCAACUGAGCUACGCGGUCAGGACGGUUCGAGUAAGUGAUAUUUCGGAACAGAAUCUGGUUCCUUCGAUACCAAUGUAAUCUAGUAAUAUGAUUUUUUCUGUGUUGGUGUUGUGUACUCAGGUGAAUAUGAUGUUUGUGAUGUUACUCUUUGUUUACAUAUUUAACCAUGAUAUUUAACUAAAGCAUUCUGAGUGUUUUCGCGUGCGCUCACAAUUCAAUUAAAUCGUUUCAAGAAAUCGACACGCGCUAACAGUAGAAGUUCCGAUAAUCGCUAGUCGAAAAGCAGAAAAUGUGGGGUCAAGCAAGUUUUUUUAGGGUGGUGCUGGACUUCUCUAGGGGGAUGCUAGACACCACUAGGUGGGGUGCACAUCUCCCUGUACCACCACGGUAGAUCUGCCCCUGCGAUCAAUAAUCAAAUUGUCUUAUUCCUUCAAGCUUCACAGUGACGACACAUCGUACAUGGAAGCCUUCGAUCAACUCUUGGUAGCUUGGGUCAACCUGGUAUCCAGUUCCAGCGCCUUCCCCAAAGGCUACCUAUCAGGUCCUUGCCUGCAGAUCUUACACCUGUACGUUAGGACGCACAUCUCAGCACCCGAGGGCACAAGAAACCCGCAGAGCGUGCAGGAUCUCGAGGAAAUCGUGGAACUACGAGACACCGAUUUGGAAGAGUUUGAUGAUCAACUUUCGUCUGUAGCUACAUUAGCACGUCAUGUACUUGGCGAGGCUGUGCCUUUCCUCAAUCAUUUAUUAGAAGUCAAGCUUGCCACCUUCAUGGAGCAUUUAUGCACACUCAGAGAGAAAGGUACCGCUCAUUUGCUUAUGAGAAGUACAGGUUGAAAAAGUGGGAACCUUGGAACCUUGUUCCAAGAAUUUUUUGGGGAUCUACAUUUUUGUAGAAAUUUUAACACAAACUUUGAUAGCUAAUUCUGAUAAUUACACAGACUGAAUAUCAAAUUCCGAUACUUUUCCCACCCCUGAUAGUAGUACUGGACAAUGUAAGAUACUGUAUUAUUAUAUUAGAAUACAUCUGUCUGGUUUUAAGGACCAUUGGCUGUGGACUCAGUGAAGACGGAAAAUCUCUACGAAGAUUUACAUUGGAUCGUCCUUAUUGCUGGCUAUAUACUGAGUGAUGAAGUGAGCGGGGAAAAAUCUCUGAUACCUGACGAAAUCAUGAUGUAUUCUAUCGCUGAGUCUGAGAAUGUUCAUUUGGAAUCCACUGUGAAAUAUUUGACAUCACUUGGAACGGCUGAUAUUGGUAGGGCAGUAAACUCUGUUGUACUUGGGACUUGGGUUUUGUAGUUGGAAAUUCUUGAGUGUGAAUUUUAUACAGACCUAACUAGGAGCAGUUGCGAGAACAAUGUAGACAGAGCUGAUAGAGCUAUAUCCAGUAUAGAUUAACUUAGUUUGGUUUUCUUCCUGUGGGUACCUGUUCCAAUAAAGGAUGGCCCUUUUGGCAUAGCUGAUAGAGUUAUCUGUGGUAUAGUUAAGAGUCUUGUAGUUUAGUUUUCCUUGUCUAAUGCAACACUAAGAUAGAGCCCUUACUGGACAUCUAGGAAGAACAGUAUAAAUAAAGUUAGAUUAGUUUAGGUUUCCUCCUGUAGUAACACUGGAUCAAUAAUAGAUGAUCCUUACUGGACAUCUAAGAAGAACAGUGUAGAACUGAUAGGACUAUCCAGUAUAAAUAAAGUUAGUUUAGUGUAGGUUUCCUCCUGUAGUAACACUGGAUGUAUAAGAGAUGAUCCUUACUGGACCUCUAGGAAGAACAGUUUAGAACUGAUAGGGCUAUCCAGUGUAAAUAAAGUUGGUUUAGUUUAGGUUUCCUCCUGUAGUAACGCUGGAUCAAUAAGAGAUGAUCCUUGCUGGACCUCUAGGAAGAAUAGUUUAGAACUGAUAGAGCUAUCCAGUAUAAAUAAAGUUAGGUUAGUUUAGGUUUCCUCCCGUAGUAACACUGGAUCAAUAAGAGAUUAUCCUUACUAGACCUCUAGGAAGAACAGUUUAGAACUGAUAGAGCUAUCCAGUAUAAAUAAAGUUAGUUUUGUGUACGUUUCCUCUUGUAAUAACACUGGAUCAAUAAGAGAUGAUCCUUACUGGAUCUCUAGGAAGAACAGUUCAGAAUUGAUAGAGUUAUCCAAUAUAAAUAAAGAUAGUUUAAUCUAGGUUCCUCCAGAAUAACACUCGAUCAAUAAAGGAUGGCCCUUAUCUGAUCUUUAGAGACUACACUUUAGACAGAACUAAUCAGGCUAUCUAAUAUUACGUGGUGUUAAUUGGAAAUUAUUUUUAAUCCUACAGGUAACAGAAAGAUUGACUCUAUCACCAGAUUAAUUACAUCUAUAAUGAAAGUGGCUGACCUGGAAAAACAGGCGCUCGCUGCAGGACUGGGCCCUACAUUAAGCCCAGAAUUGGGCGGAAACAUUGUUUGGAUAUUAACCAAAGUUUGUGAGGUUUAUCUCAUGUUUUUUGAGCCCGACUAUGGUCAGGUCAGCGUGCCUUUGGUGACGUCAUUUGGAAAGGAGAGUGAAAGCGCGAGGUGGUUUGUGGGAUUUGUACUUGGCAAGGUUCUUAGUAAUCUACAUGGUUGGUUAAGUGAGUCCAGUGUCUUGGAGAAUACAGCUCAGUUGCUUGUUACGCUGAUGACCAAUAAGUCAAGGUAGUGAUAUGCUAAACUUUCCUUCUAGUAGGGGUGGAUCUAGUCUCAUCUCAUCUGCAAGGAGGGGUGCAGGUUUUCCAUGGGAUGGUGCAUGAGGGAGCCUUGCUGCCCACUCUCCUCUGCAGUCUGCAACGCUACUAUCUCAACAUUACCAUUAUUUGAGAUGGCCGAAUCUGCAUGUUCGCCGUUCUGUUACGUUUAACAUUAUGUUUUGUUUAUAAAGUUUAUAGCGACUUUUUAUCACGUAUGCGUGACUGGACAGUCGCUGUAGCACAACAGGACAGCACAGUAAAUUUGCUUGUUAAAGUACAGUACUGUAUAUUUGAAAACACGGCUGUAUAACAACCUCGACAUGUGUACAUAUUUAACCAUGAUAUUUAACUAAAGCAUUCUGAGUAUUUUCUCGUGAGCUCACAAAUCAAUUAAAUCGUUUCAAGGAAUCGACACGUGCUAACAGUUGAAGUUCCGCUAAUCACUAUUGGAAAGGCAGAAAAUAUAUGGUCAGCAGACUUUCUUAAGGUGGUGCUGAACUUAUCUAGGUGGAUGCUACCCCCACGAUAGAUCCGCCCUUGACACACACAAGCUAACUUUUUCAACUACAUAUAAUGUUGACUGUUUGUUCCACCUUUAGUGCACACUCGGCUCUCUCUUGUGAGGUCAUCGCUCAACUUGCCAAAGAUUAUGCAGAGAACACGUCCUAUGUGAAAGAUCUCCCUGCACUCGUACAGCGAGAACUUUCCCGUGCUUUGGUCAUCGCUGGCUCGGCUAUUGAACAUGAUUUAAGUAGAAAACAGUAUCUCAGUCAGGUAAGAGUGCUAUAGAAUAUUUUUCAAGAAAUGGCCAGAAAAGUGUUUGUAUUAGAGGUGUUUGUAUUAGAAAGGUGUCCGUAUUAGAGUUGUGUCGGUAUUAGAGAGGUCUUCGUAUUAGAGAAGUGUCCAUAUUAGAGAGAUGUCCAUAUUAGAGAGAUGUCCAUAUUAGAGAGAUGUCCAUAUUAGAGAGAUUUCCCUAUUAGAGAGGUCUCCGUUUUAGAGAGGUCUUCGUAUUAGAGAGGUUUCCAUAUUAAAGAGAUGUCCAUAUUAGAGAGAUGUCCGUAUUAGAGAGAUGUCCGUAUUAGAGAGAUGUUCAUAUUAGAGAGAUGUCCAUAUUAGAGAGAUGUCCGUAUUAGAGAGAUGUCCGUAUUAAAGAGGUGUCCAUAUUAGAGAGAUGUCCGUAUUAGAGAGGUGCCCGUAUUAGAGAGGUGUCCGUAUUAGAGAGAUGUCCAUAUUAGAGAGGUGUCAGUAUUAGAGAGAUGCCCACAUUAGAGAGCUAUCCGUAGAAGAGAGGUGUCUGUAUUAGAGAGAUGUCCACAUUAAGAGAGGUGUCCGUAUUAGAGAUGUGUUCAUAUUAGAGAGGUGUCCAUAUUAGAGAGAUGUCCACAUUAGAGAGGUGUCCGUAUUAGAGAUGUGUUCAUAUUAGAGAGGUGUCCAUAUUAGAGAGAUGCCCACAUUAGAGAGCUAUCCGUAGAAGAGAGGUGUCUGUAUUAUAGAGGUGUCCGUAUUAGAGAGAUGUCCGUAUUAGAAAGGUGUCUGUAUUUCCAUAUUAGAGAGAUCUCCAUAUUAGAAAGGUGUCUGUAAUAGACUGGUGUCUGUAAUAGAGUGGUGUCUGUAUUAGAGAGGUGCCUGUAUUAGAGAGGUGCCUGUAUUAGAGAGGUGUGCAGUAUAUACUGAGACAGCACUAUAUCUUCCCAGAUUCUAAAUCCAAUCAAGACCAGAUUUUUCUCGGUGGUACAAGCGCCGACGUUUCGCAAAGAAUGUCAGCAUGAAGCUUACAAAGACGAAGUGGAGCGAUUGCUGGAAUGCUUUCGUGGUGUUGCCAAGGCGACGGACAGACGGACUGUGUCCUUCCUGUUCGCGUUCCUAGUGCCAGUCCUCGAACACUGCGUACCGUUGUUUGAAUUGUACAAUAACUGUUCUGAAACUGUGGAAAUAUUGCUGUCGUUGUUGUUGGAUGUUGUCGAGUCCCAGCUUGGAUAUGUUUCUACGGUUAGUGAACUAACUUUUUCCUGAAUAGGUAUAUGGUUGUAUAUGUUGUAUAACAACCUCGACAUGUACUUCUCUAGGGGGAUGCUGGACACCACUGGGGGGGGGGGGGGCACAACCCUCUGUGCACCCCCACGGUACAUCCGCCCCUGUUGGAGUUUAUUUAUGUACAAUACUAUUUUUCAGGGUGAUUCUCGAAGACUACAGGAGAUAUGUGUUCGUUUAAUGGAAGUCUACUCCAAGCACAGUCUAGGUAAAUGAAUGGUAAUCAUAAUAUAUUUUUAUGGCGCUGUUUCCUGUGAUUUAACAGCGCUGUACAGUAGUUGCAAAUCCGCCGCUGACGAUGAAUUGUUAUUAGAUUUAAUGUAGAAAGAAAUAUUCUUCUAUUUUUACAGGCAGACAUAAUCGAAGCAUUUUAGCCGAAGAAGAAACGUUUUUAGAUUUGUUGAUUUUUAUGAAAAUUUUAACAACUAUUUUAACCAAAGAAUACUUUGACUUCUCUUCAGGUAAGAAUUUUGCCGUAUUAACUCGCCGAAUAUAAUGGCCUCCGAAUAUCGUCCCUUAAUAUAAGGCCCCCCCCCCCGGGUAUAUAGGCCCACCAAUGCAGUGGCGAGGGGGGAUUUGGUUGUUGGAGACCAUCUUUAUAGCUUGAAAUAUUAGUUCUUUGAACGCCUUAAAUUUCACGCAAUAUAUAGCUUAAAUUAGAGCCUACCAUUGCUUUUACGAAUUAUUGUUACAGCUGUGAUACACAGUUAUUUCAGCUAUCGUUCAAAGGCUUCAGAAAAGUCCAAUGUCUUCCCAACCUAUCCCAGACAACAUGUUUGACUGUUGAUAUAUUUUUAUAGGUUUGAAUACAAAAUUUUGCUUGCUUAGUAAACAUACUAUUUGUUUGCUUUUAUAGAUGAAGAUGAUGGUUUUAAUGCUGGCCAAAAUUGCGCUAAUGUUGUUUUAUAUGGAUUAAAUAUUUUACUGCCUUUUAUCACUCCUGAAUUAUUAAAGGUAAUUUUGAACAUAGCAGGAAAUGAUGAACCCAGAAAAUAUUCACAAAAAAAAAUCUCACCCAAAAACUCACAUCUUGUAAGCAAGUUUGUGUCGUCAACCUUGAAUCCUGGUCGCGCAUCUAGCAUUUUUAAGUGAAAAAAUUGAUCAAGAUUUUUUAUUAUAAAGAUAUAUAGUACAUAUAUAGUACUUACUACGUAAUUACAACACAAGACUUACAUCUAAACUAAAUUUCUAUAGACCUCAAGUAAGAACUAAUUAUGGCAAGUUUACUUUCAAAUAUACUGCAUCAGUGCUAUGGGAAACUACACCUUAUCACAUAAAGCAUCUCCCUUUUAAGACUUUUAAACGGAAGUAUACGUUGUAUUUACUAAGUCAGCAGAACGACGAUUAGCUCCAAUUGGUGAAAAGAACACUGUUUUUUUUUUCAAUUAAGUCUUUUUUUUCAAAGAAAGUUAGUGUUUUUGAUAUCUAUGAACAUCUGUGGUGAUUUCAUCUUAGCACGAUUCUAAUUUGUAUUUCUAUUUGCAUAUUCCUAGUAUGCAUAGUCUAUUGAUCUGCAUGCAUACAUCAUCAUCCCUUCAAAUAUUUUUGUGUGUUUUUUUCCCUAAUAUUCUUAGCUCAAAUACACUGAAAAAAUCUCACAUAGACAGUAGUCGACUCGAAAGCUUCUAUAAUUUAACUAAGUCAUCAUUUAUUCUAUUAUAAUAAGUAAUUUUAACUAUUUUUGUAAUGUUUGUACGUUCUUGAAUUCUUUUUUUUUUGUAUAUAUUGCAAAUCAUUAAAAGUCUGAAAAAAAAUUUAUUCUUCGAAUGACGCAAAUAUUACACAUACCAAAAAUCAUAUUUGUGGUUACUCACACUUUAAGCUGCUCGUAGUAUUGAUUGUUUUCUUCAGUAAUUUAUUAUUUAUUAAUUUUUUUCAGUUUCCCGAAUUAAACGAGGAGUAUUUCAAAUUGAUAACAUUCGUUUGUGAAGAACAUACAGAGGCUAUAUGUCAGAUGCCUGAUCAUUUGUUCACGAAUUUAAUGGCUUCUUUGGAGAAGGGAUUAAAAGAGUAUCCUUUCUUUCGUUGGAAGAGUUACACUCUAUAAUUUCACCUCAGUUGCAUGCGAGAAGAUUGCUUUCAGUUUGAUCUUCGCACGCAAAAAUCUCACAUCUUGUAGCAAGUCCGCCAACAAGCUCAACAAGUUGUGUUCGCACUGCUUGUCCCAAGUUGUCAACAAGUUUAGAACAAGCUGUUAACAACUUGUAACAGUCUUGUUGAUAUUGUCAGACUUGUUGCAAGGUUGUUCCAACAAGUCCAAUACAGUCAUGGACUCAUGAUAUAACAACAUUGUUACAACCUCGUGUCGUUAACCUUGUAACAUUCUUGUUAUAUCAUGACUGUAUCUGACUUGUUGGAACAGCCUUGUAACUAGUCUGGCAAUGUCAUCAAGCUUGUUACAAGUUGUUAAUAGCUUGUUCCAAACUUGUCACAACAACUGGGAACAAGCAAUGCGAACACAUCCUGAUAUCGGCUUUUCAACAAGAACCUUGUUACAAGUUGUUUGCAGUUUAUAAAUCAUUCCUUAACUGUGUGUAGAUGCGGCACUGAUAUCGCCAAAUCGACUCUGGAAGCUUUAAGUGGCAUGGCAAUAGAUUUAUUUCGAAAUCAACAACAAAAGAACACCCUGACUGAGAGAUUAUCAGUUGCAUUAAAGUCUAUGCUAAAGGUAUAACAAUAGGACGAUAAGAGAUGGCUCUUACUGGACCUCUAGGGAGAGCAAUUUAGAACUGAUAUAGAACUAUCCAGUAUAAAUAAAGUUAGUUUAGUUUUGGUCGGCUCUUGUUAGACCUCUGGGGAGAACAGUUUAGAACUGAUAGAACUAUCCAGUAUCUGUAAGAAAAGUUAGUUUAGUUUAGGUUUCCUGCUGUAGGAACAGUAUAACUAAAUAAAAGAUGGUUCUUAUUAGACUUCAAGGGAGAACAGUUUAGAACUGAUGGAGCUAUCCAGUAUAAGUAAAGUUAGUUUAGUUUAGGUUUCCUCCUGUAGUAACAGUAGGUAAAGAAGAAAUGCUCUUGUUAAACAUCUAGCGAGAACAGUUUAGAACUAAUAGAGCUAUAUCCAGUAUAAGUAAAGUUAGUUUAGGUUAGGUUUCCUUCUGGACCAAGAUUGGAACUAACAGGAACCCUGUAUCAAUACGAAAUUUCCCUUACUGUUACUCGACGGACAACAGUAUAGAACUGAUAGAACCUACUAUAGAAUCUACUCCAUGUUACUAACUAAAGAAUAAUUUUCAUUUUCAGGUUCUCUUCAACUUUUUGAUGUUUGAAACAUUUGAUGUUGUCGAUCUUUCUAUACCAGCUGCCGAUGCACUAUGGUCCCUUAUAUGUUGCCAUCAGGUAAGAAAUGUCCCAUUUACAGUUUUAAUGAAGUUGUCUUGCAGUCCAACUCUUCUUCAGGAACCCUGAGUGCUUGCGAUAAUUCAAGAUUUUUAGUCGUACCUGGCUGAUACUCCAAUGAUUAUUGCCGCAACAAUCUCACAUCUUGUAGCAAGUCUGCCAACAAGCCGUCAACAAGUUGUGUUCGCACUGCUUGUCCCAAGUUGUCAACAAGUUUGGAACAAGCUGUUAGCAACUUGUAACAACCUUGUUGAUAUUAUCAGACUUGUUGCAAGGUUGUUCCAACAAGUCCGAUACGGUAAUGGUAUGACAAUAUUGUUACAACCUUGUGUCGUCAACCUUGUAACAUUCUUGUUACAUCAUGACUGUAUCACACUUGUUAGAACAACCUUGUAACUCUGAUAAUAUCAACAAGAUUGUUACAAGUUGUUAACAGCAAACUUGUUGACAACUUGGGACAAGCAGUGCGAACAAAACUUGUUAACGGCUUCUUGACAGACUUGCUACAAGAUCUGAGAUAAUUCAUGUUGUUUCCAUUGCGUACAAAACAAAUCACAUAACAUAUUUACAUCAUUCAGGCGGAAUACACAAGUCUCGUUCAAAAUAUUUUGGUAACUCAAACGGACUCGAUAGUCCAUCAAAGAUUGGUAGAUUCCUUCAACAAGCUAACACCGGCAGAUGUCAAAAUUGCAAUUGAUAAACCAAGUAAGGAGAGAUUUCGGAAAAACUUGGAUUCAUUACUGGCUGAUGUAAAAGGUUUGCUGUGCGUAAGGUAACACAAUGUGCAAAAUAUUUAUGAAAUCUUAGUGGUAGGUAAUAGGAUGGUUUUGAGUGCAAUGAGUGAUUUCAGUUAUAGACGAAAUUUUGAUCUAGCCAAGA